CGCGCGCACGCCCGUAGAGCACGCACUUCCGGGGCGUGUCCCCGCCGGUGCGGGAACUAUCCUUUUAAGAGGGGCUUUCCCGGUUUCAUUUCAACUUGGUCCCGACCCGGAGCUGCGGCGGGUAGCCUGGGCUGCGCUAGCUUACAUAUGACCAUGAGUCUUCAAAUGAUUGUUGAGAAUGUAAAAUUGGCUCGUGAAUAUGCACUGCUGGGAAACUAUGACUCUGCAAUGGUCUACUAUCAGGGAGUUCUUGACCAAAUGAACAAGUACCUGUACUCAGUCAAAGAUACACACCUCCGUCAGAAAUGGCAACAGGUUUGGCAGGAAAUAAAUGUGGAAGCUAAGCAAGUUAAGGAUAUCAUGAAAACACUCGAGAGCUUCAAACUAGACAUCACUUCUUUGCAAGCUGCACAACAUGAAUUUCCAGCUGCUGAAGGAGAAGUCUGGUCCUUGCCUGUACCUGUUGAGCGAAGGUAAACUGAAGAGCCAUUAAAUAUGGAGGUCUAAAUCCUGCUGCUAAAUCAAGAGGAAAUGAGUGGGAUCUCUGUGAACGGAAGGCACCUUGCAUCUGUGUAGUUUCCAGCGCCAUUACUUUUCCUUACCUACUUCAUAUGUAUGCAUGUUUUGUCCACAUGUCUAUGUCUACAACCUCUGCCUGCUGCCUGCAGAGGCUAGAAGCAGCAUUGGAUCCUGGAAAGGAGUCACAGACAGUUGUGAACAAUGUAUAAAUCCUGGCAACUGAGAACCAGGGUCUCACAAUGUAGUCCUGGUGUCUAACUCACAGUGAUCCACAUGCCUAUGUCUUUCAAAUUCAGGAACUAAAGGGCACCAGCCACCCUAACCAACUUUCACCCUAGUCUUUUAGAAUAGGAAGAUUAUUAAAGCCUUAGUUAAAACAUGGGCAUUUGCACUCUGUUCUGGUGGCUGUUAUAGAACACUCGUCUCUGAUACUCGCUCUUUACCACUUUCCAGCAUGCAAAGGUAGCUUGUACACUGAUGUCCUGAGUAGAAGUCAUUUUCACUUUGCCCUAGUUGCUAGUAAAUAUGACAGUACUGUGUCCCUGGCCGUAGAGGCUAUACCAGAUUUACAUUUCAGACUUUGGGGUGCAGCGUCCUCAAGUUUGUUAUCCAUUGUGUUCUCUGUAUGCCCAGCUUCUUCAGGAAUUAUGACUUUAAUAUCCUUGUGUUGUUUAGACCCUUACCAGGACCUAGGAAACGCCAGUCUUCUCAGCACAGUGACCCUAAGCCACACAGUAACCGGCCAAGCACAGUCGUCAGAGCUCAUCGGCCGUCUCCACAGAAUCUUCACAAUGACAGAGGGAAAGCUGUUCGUAGUCGUGAAAAGAAAGAACAGAGUAAGGGAAGAGAGGAAAAGAACAAAUUACCUGCUGCAGUUACAGAACCAGAGGCAAAUAAGUUUGAUGGCACUGGGUAUGACAAGGACUUAGUAGAAGCUUUGGAAAGAGAUAUCAUUUCUCAGAAUCCCAACGUUCGGUGGUAUGAUAUUGCUGAUUUAGUAGAAGCCAAAAAGUUGCUUCAGGAAGCAGUGGUGUUACCAAUGUGGAUGCCAGAAUUCUUUAAGGGCAUUAGGAGACCAUGGAAAGGUGUGCUGAUGGUUGGCCCACCUGGCACUGGAAAGACCCUUCUAGCUAAAGCAGUUGCCACGGAAUGCAAGACAACGUUCUUCAAUGUCUCUUCAUCAACUCUGACGUCCAAAUACAGAGGAGAGUCUGAGAAGCUUGUCCGUCUUCUGUUUGAAAUGGCUCGGUUUUACUCCCCAGCUACCAUAUUUAUUGAUGAGAUAGAUUCCAUUUGCAGCCGCCGAGGAACUUCUGAAGAGCAUGAAGCCAGCCGAAGGAUGAAAGCUGAGCUGCUGGUUCAAAUGGACGGUGUUGGAGGUGCCUCAGAGAACGAUGACCCUUCCAAAAUGGUUAUGGUUCUGGCGGCUACUAAUUUCCCAUGGGACAUAGAUGAGGCUUUAAGGCGUCGUCUGGAGAAAAGAAUCUAUAUUCCAUUACCAUCAGCAAAAGGCAGGGAAGAACUGUUGAGAAUAAGUCUGCGAGAGCUGGAAUUGGCUGAUGAUGUCAACCUUGCGAGCAUAGCAGAAAACAUGGAAGGCUACUCGGGUGCAGACAUUACCAAUGUAUGCAGGGACGCAUCGUUGAUGGCCAUGAGACGGCGUAUUGAGGGUCUAACCCCAGAAGAAAUCCGGAACCUUUCAAGAGAAGCAAUGCACAUGCCUACCACCAUGGAGGAUUUUGAAAUGGCUUUAAAGAAGAUUUCUAAAUCAGUAUCAGCUGCAGAUAUUGAAAGAUACGAGAAAUGGAUAGUUGAGUUUGGAUCAUGCUAGCUAUGUUCUCACAUGUAAGCUGUGAGGAAUCUGCCUUAAGUCUUUGAAAAAUAAUUAAAUGUAGAAUUUCAGUGUACGGAGUGCUAUAUUUUUUUAAACUUUCAUAAUGGUGUGAUUUGGAAAUUCUUUCUGGUUCUGAAUAAAGACUAUUUUUAAGCUGC